UUCAGUCUCUGCUUAAACCCUAAAUUUGCAGAGCAAAACCACCCAGAUUGAGCUACAACAAUGAAACAGUCUAUCGUAAAAAGCGUCUCUCUUUACGCUCGUACUCGUCUUCUCUCUCAACCCUGCUACAAACCCACUACCCAACUCUCCCUUUCGACUCGGCCCAGAUUGAGCUUCUACACGACCGAGUCUCAGUCUCGAGACCCAGAGGGUUUCAAAGACGAAGAAGACGAUGUCAGUAACGAAGAGCUGAAGACAAAGAUUGACGACUACUUCAAAGGAAAUGAUAAGGCAAUACCAACAAUCUUUGAGGCAAUUCUGAAGAGGAAGUUAACAGGGAAGCAUGAACAGACUGAUAAGCAGUUGAUGGAAGAGCUUUGCGGGAAGAGUCAGAGAUCGCUGAGCAACGAUGAAGAGGAGGAUGAGGAUGAUGAUGAAGAGAUUGAAUCUGAUUUCGAUGAGUUGUAUGGGAGUGAUGAGAAGGCUGCUGAUUUGAAUAAGGCAAUGGAUAAGUUGAUGAAGGAAAUGCCAAUCACGAAGAGAGAAAAUUGGUGAUGGAGUAAGUGAGGGCAAGCAAAGCUUGAAUAUCAUCUAAAUGGAUCUGUAUUCUGAAAUCAUUAUUCCCUUUAUCAUUUAUCUUUACAACUAAUGCGGUUCAGGAUCCAAUAGAUUAAGCUUCCAAAUUAGCAAAAUCAUGCAACAUUAGGUGUGUUGUAUUUGCCAUUUUUCUGAAUGAUAAGCUGUUUACAACUUUACAUCAUUAUAAGGUAACAUUCCUGUAAUUCGAGAAUAGAAUAUCGGUCUUGUGGACUGUA